AGUAUCGACACAAAAGAAAUCGUUAUCUAUUUAUAGAAUUUCAAAGUAUAAACUAAAACCGCUCUUGUUUACGCAAUAUUGAAAUGUAUUGAUAUAUUCGUUAGAACAUUGGAUAACAUGGCACACGGGACAAUAAAAGCGGGUUGCAAGUUAAAAACCAAUAAUGAAGCAAGACGAGCACCACAGAUAUAUGAAGAGAUUAACAAGCGAAUCCUUGGUAAAUUCAUCUUAUCUUUAUGUGGGAAUGAAGGCACAAAUGAUGGUAGUAAUACUGCUGGGCUUCGGAGACUUCUUCAGUUGGCUAUAUCUGUCACAGAAAACGAGCCCGCGAGUACAUUACAGAAUGCAGAAUUCAAGUUUUAUGACGACGAAUGCAAUGUAUACACUCUUACAUCAGGAUAUGGAGAAAACAAAUUUGUAUUUACUUUCAAUGAAAAGCUUGAGCCAGGUUUCACAGUUCAAAGAAAGUGGAUGUUACUCAUGUUAACCAGAAACAUACGGAAUAUAUUUCAGCUAUCUGCACUGCUAGAACUUAUUACAGAACUUUACGAUUUAUUUAACUUUUACGUUAAUACUGGAUGAGAUUUCCGAAUUAAGAGUAUAAUAUUUCUUUGUUGCAGCUGUCUUUUUUCUGUAAUUAAAAGUGAUAUUUAAGGAUUUCAUUAUAGCAGUAAUUAAAGGCUGCUCAUUUGAAAUCAUAGAUAAUCAACGUAUUUUCUCUGUUUAAUUCCUUUGUAAAAAUGCUACUAUUGACGAAUGUUUAAUAGAAAUUUUGCUUUGA